UCAAGAAAAAGAAAAGCAUCUUUUGACGGCUUCUGAGCUCCUUCUUCUCCUCCAAUGGAGGAGUCUCACAUGGAACAAUUCAAUGAAGUACAUAAAAAAAAGGGAGAAAGAGUUGCCACAGCCACCCUUUUGGGAUCCCCCACUUGUUCUUCAUGCUUCUCAUGAUCUUUUAAUCCUCCAGAAAUUUCAACUCUCUUUUCCCAAUUGUUUAAUCAUUAUUAUAAUCUUCCUGGAUUGUCUGUCGCAAUUCCACAACAACAUUAUCCUAUACAAUAUUUAAAAGCAACCCGCAUAACCAGAAAAACCCAUCUGUCCAAUUAUUACUUGAACAAUAAGGUAUUAUCUGCGCCCCUGCUGCUGAGUUGAUGCUUCCACGUCUCAAAGGAUCUGACUUUUUUCCCCCCAUAUUUCUCAGUUUUUCUGCUCCAUCCUCUCCAAUUCUCACCUAAUUUCCACAAAAGUUUCAACCUUUUUCUCUGGGUGUUGAGAAUUUCGAGCCAUGGGCAUUUGUUUCUCAAAGAAGAAUCAUGGGCUCAAGCCUCAGCAAAAUGGGUAUCGCUCAGCUGAGGCGGAGAACCACCGGAGCCACCAAGAUCCGCCGCCUUACGCGGCGCAGCAGCGAAGCGCUCAACCGGAGAAACCCGCCGGAGCAAACCAGCAGCCACCGUCGAGGAGUUCGAUGCCAGUUCCAAGCCCCAAGGGGACGAAACACAGCACGAUACUUGAGAAACCGUACGAGGAUGUCAGAUUGUUCUACUCACUGGGAAAAGAACUGGGUCGGGGACAAUUCGGUGUUACGUAUCUGUGUACCGAGAAUUCGACGGGGAAACAAUACGCUUGCAAGUCGAUUUCGAAGAAGAAGCUGGUGACGAAGGGUGAUAGAGAGGAUAUGAGGAGAGAGAUUCAGAUAAUGCAGCAUCUGAGUGGUCAACCAAACAUUGUGGAGUUCAAAGGAGCUUAUGAGGACGAAAAAGCUGUGAAUCUGGUGAUGGAGCUUUGUGCAGGAGGUGAACUGUUCGACAGAAUUAUUGCAAAGGGGCAUUACAGUGAGAGAGCAGCUGCUUCAAUCUGUAGAUCGAUUGUGAAUGUUGUGAAUAUCUGUCACUUCAUGGGUGUGAUGCAUAGAGACUUGAAGCCUGAGAAUUUCUUGCUUUCAAGUAAGGAUGAGAGGGCUCUUCUCAAGGCCACUGAUUUCGGAUUGUCGGUGUUCAUCGAAGAGGGAAAAGUGUACCGAGAUAUAGUUGGGAGUGCAUACUAUGUUGCACCCGAAGUGCUACGCCGAAGAUAUGGAAAAGAAGUUGAUAUUUGGAGUGCCGGAGUCAUACUAUACAUUCUGCUCAGUGGUGUACCCCCCUUCUGGGCUGAAACGGAGAAAGGGAUAUUCGAUGCUGUACUGGAGGGGCAGAUCGACUUUGAAAGCCAACCAUGGCCGUCUAUCUCUAGCAGCGCCAAGGAUUUGGUUCGCCGAAUGCUGACACAGGACCCGAAAAGGCGAAUUACUGCCGCUCAAGUCCUUCAGCAUCCAUGGCUAAGAGAAGGAGGAGAGGCAUCAGACAAGCCAAUUGACAGUGCUGUUCUCUCAAGGAUGAAGCAAUUUAGAGCUAUGAACAAACUGAAGAAACUCGCGUUGAAGGUCAUAGCGGAGAAUAUUGACUCGGAAGAAAUCCAAGGGUUAAAGGCCAUGUUUGCCAACAUAGACACCGACAACAGUGGAACAAUCACGUACGAAGAACUGAGGGAAGGAUUAGCCAAACUUGGAUCUAAACUUACUGAAUCUGAAGUGAAGCAGCUCAUGGAAGCUGCUGAUGUUGAUGGAAACGGGUCAAUCGAUUACAUUGAGUUCAUUACUGCAACGAUGCACAGACACAGGCUUGAGAGCGACGAGAACCUUUACAAAGCCUUCCAACAUUUCGACAAGGAUGGAAGUGGAUACAUUACAAUAGACGAGCUUGAGGCUGCUUUAAAGGAAUAUGGAAUGGGAGAUGAUGCGACGAUCAAAGAGAUAUUGUCAGAUGUGGAUUCUGAUAAUGACGGUAGAAUCAACUACGAGGAAUUCUGCACGAUGAUGAGAAGCGGAAAUCCUCAGCAACCGAGGCUGUUCUAGAGGCAAAUCUCCCCGAUCUCUUUUUUCUUUCCCCUUCAAAACCCAACCCGAUUUUCGUAAGUUGAAGAGGAGAGAUGAUAACCCAUUUGAAAAGUGUAGGGUUGUCGGCUUCAACGCUGAAUCUGAUUCAGAAAGACAAAGAGCUGUUGCAAUGUUUGUUGUUGGAGCAAAACUAUCGAGGUAGGAUGUUUGUGAUGUUCUGAUUGAUGUGUUGUAUUUUGUUUUCAUGUUCUUUCUUUGUGUGCUUCAUACUUUGUAUUUGUAGUUAAAGAGGCUUGUUUAUGCUUCACGUCUACGUUUAAUC